GAGAGAGAGAGAGAGAGAGAGAGGACACUCUCCUCCAGGUCCACCCCCUCCCCUUCCUUUCCUUUCCCUUCCCUCUUGGCUGCCUGGGAGUCGGGGCGCUGGGUCCGCAGCAUGGAGGCGCCUCCGCUGGGCUGCUGGGGGCUCGCGCUGCUCCUCCUGCUCCUCCUGGCCGGGCUCCGGGGCCAAGGCGCGCGCGGUACAAGGGUAACGUGUGAUGAAAAUCAAUUCCAGUGUCAAAAUGGCCGCUGCAUAACUCUGGUGUGGAGGUGUGAUGGAGAUGAAGACUGCUCCGAUGGCAGUGAUGAACUAAAUUGCGUGAAAAAGACCUGUUCUCCAUCAGACUUCGUAUGCCAGAAUGGACAGUGCAUACCCAGCAGAUGGCAUUGUGAUGGAGAUACUGACUGUGAAGAUGGCUCAGAUGAACACUCUGAACUAUGCUAUACAAGAAAGUGUUCAGUGGGUGAAAUCAGCUGUGGUCCUCGAUCAAGUCGGUGUAUCCCAGUGUCCUGGAGAUGUGAUGGUGAAAAUGACUGUGGUGAUGGUACAGAUGAAGAUGACUGUGCCAAUAUAACUUGUAGCCCUGAAGAAUUCACGUGUGCCAACGGGAGGUGCAUCUCGAAAGAUUUUGCCUGCAACGGGCAAGAAGACUGCAGUGAUGGUAGCGAUGAGGCAGGCUGUGCAGCGCCUACUUGUAAAGCAGGGGAGUUCCAGUGUAAAAGUGAAAGCGACAGCUGUAUCCCAGUUAACUGGGUGUGUGACAGUGAACCCGACUGUACCGACUGGUCAGAUGAAUCCCCAGAGCAGUGUGGCCGCCAGCCUGUCCUGACCGUGAAGUGUGGAGAAAGUGAAAUGCUGUGCGAUUCAGGGGACGAGUGUUUUCACAAGAAGUGGCGUUGCGAUGGAGACACAGACUGCAAGGAUGGAAGCGAUGAGAUCAAUUGCCCAUCUCGGACAUGUAGGCCUGAUCAGUUCAAAUGUGAGGAUGGCAACUGUAUUCAUGGGACCAGGCAGUGCAAUGGUGUGAGGGACUGCAUCGAUGGCUCUGAUGAAGUCAAUUGUCAAACAGUUAAUCAGUGCAGUGGGCCUGGAAAAUUCAGGUGUAGAAGCGGGGAGUGCAUAGAUUCCAGCAAAGUGUGCAACCAGAAACAGGAUUGCAAAGACUGGAGUGAUGAACCUCUCAAACAAUGCAACAUCAAUGAAUGCUUGGUAAACAAUGGAGGCUGCUCCCAUAUCUGCAAAGACUUGGUCAUUGGCUAUGAAUGUGAUUGUCCUGCUGGCUUCCAGCUGAUAGACAGAAAAACAUGUGGAGACAUUGAUGAAUGCCAGAAUCCUGGUAUCUGCAGUCAAAUCUGCAUCAACACAAAACUGGGAUACAAAUGUGAAUGUAGCCGUGGCUACCGAAUGGAUGCUCAAACUGGAGUAUGCAAAGCAAUUGGAGGGGAACCAAGCCUGCUCUUCACUAAUCACUGGAACAUCCGGCAGUUUGCUUUAGAAAGACAGGACUACACACAGCUAGUAGGAGGCCUGAGAAAUGUUGUUGCUCUGAGCGCUGACAUGGUUGAGCGCAAAGUUAUCUGGGCUGAUGCUGGACGAAAUGGUAUCUUCAGUGCCUUACUUACUUCUAGUAACAGCCCAGGACGGCAUUUGCAGAUUGUAGAAAAUGUCCAGAGUCCUGCAGGAAUUGCUGUUGACUGGAUUUAUGAGAACAUCUACUGGACUGAUUCUUCUCUUAAGUCCAUAUCUGUGGCUACUCUUAAUGGUACUAAGUGGAAGGUCCUAUUUAACACUAACUUAACAGAGCCAGCCUCAAUUGCUGUGGAUCCACUUUCUGGCUUCAUGUAUUGGUCUGAUUGGGGUGAACCAGCCAAAAUUGAAAAAGCAGGGAUGAAUGGACUUGACAGGCAGCAACUUGUAACAACAGAUAUUGAGAAGCCCAGUGGAAUUGCACUAGAUCUGGUGAAGAAUCGUCUCUAUUGGGUUGAUGCUAAGCUCCAUAAGCUUUCCAGUGUGGAUUUGAAUGGCCAAGAUCGCAGAAUUAUAUUGCAUUCUCAUGAGUUCCUUGCUCAUCCUCUUGGUUUGACAAUAUUUGAGGAUACUGUCUAUUGGACCGAUGGGGUAAAUGAAGCAAUAUACACUGCAAAUAAGUUCACAGGAGCGGAUCUGGAGACAGUAGUAAAUAACCUGUAUGAUGCUCGGGGCAUCAUUGUGUUUCAUGAACUUGUACAACCAUCAGGCAACAACUGGUGCGAAGAAGACAACAUGAAGAAUGGAGGCUGUGAAUAUCUGUGCCUGCCUGCUCCCAAGAUAAAUGACCGUUCCCCAAAAUAUACUUGUGUCUGCCCAGAUGGAGAUACACUGCAAAAUAACGGCUUGAGAUGCAGAGGUACAGGAACUGAUGUGGCUAACACUGAGACAAAAGAGAGCAGCAGAGCAGAAAAACCACCUGGACCACUUUCUGGAGGACAAAAUCAGAGCAGCCUAGUGACAGAAGAGCUGUCUUAUUCUCGAAGUUCUUCAGCAGCAUGGGCCAUUCUUCCUGUAUUAUUUUUGGCAAUGGUGGCAGCAGGCAGCUAUUUCAUGUGGCGCAACUGGCAACACAAAAAUAUGAAAAGCAUGAAUUUUGACAAUCCAGUAUACUUGAAAACAACAGAAGAAGACCUUGCUAUAGAUAUCGGAAGACACAGCAGUUCAGUGGGACAUACAUAUCCAGCAAUAUCAGUUGUAAGCACAGAUGACGAUCUAUCUUGAGGACUCUAGCAAACCCCUUUUUAAUCUACUUGUGUUCUAUACUUUUUGGAUGGUGGCCAGACCAGUGGCUGAACACUUUCCUUCCCAUCCUGGAAGAAUGAAGACACACGUGGAACAAGUUCACAAAAACAUUUUCAUACAAAGUUGUAAACAUCUGCCUACAACAAUUCAGCUUUUAAUAGUUACCGGUUACCUGCAACCCUUUAAUAAGUAUUGCUACCACUGGCCAUGUAUAAAGCACUUUCCAAAAAGCCAUAUUGAGGUAAUAAGUGCUACACAAGUACUACCUGUAAAUAAUUGUACAGGCCCAAUUGUAAAUCUUCCUGAACAUAGUCUAUUAAGCACUUUGGAAAAAAACAUUUCAAUGUAAAUUACUGUAUAAUCUUUUUUUUUUCAAUGGUUGGGCAAUGGCAAUAGGAGAAAACGGGUUACUCAGAUUAAUUGCCAAAAAUUUGUAAAACUUUAACUUUUGUAUGAAUUGUGAAUUUGUCCUCCAUGAACCACCUACAGGGGUGUGCAGAGGACAACUGCUCUGUAUCAGAAACCACUGUACAUUUCAACACUGAAAUUAAAUUAAAUAGAAGCAAAUCUAUGGA